AUGAUUCAGGAGAGGACAUGCCAUCAGCUUUGCUUCUACAUCACGUCUGCCGUGAUACGGCCAAAGACGUGCUGGGUGCACGCCGGGUCAGCAAGGCGUGUGACUGGAAGCAGCUACAUACGGUAUUGUGCGACCAUGCCCCGAAAAAAAGCGAAGCCGUACAACCUCCUGCCCUUUGGCAAGCGCUGGCUAGGCUGCGGGUUGGUACUGCUGGGCCUACUGUCACAGCAAACACUGCUGGCACGGGAGCAGUCGGCGCAAGGCACCUCCACCAACACCAACGGAGUGUCGCGGACGAUUUCGGUGCCAGAGGCCCCCAGCGGUCCUGGAAUCACAACCUAUGAGGAAAGGAAGAAGGUAACGGUAUCACCGGCGAGUUCGAAGACCGAUCUUGAGUUUACGUCCAAUUUCGACCAUGUCUUCCCGUCAUCAUCGCUGCACACGACAUUCAAGUAUAACCCCGCGUUUGGAGCCGUGUUCGCCGUCGAUGACCCUGCGCGCGAACUCCUAUUUGACAGCAAGUUCGCCUCCUCUGCGGACAACAAGACUCCCGGGAUGAUAGUCGCGUCUUCCGGAGGCCACGGGGCCGCACACACGAAGGUCGCGGUCGCCUCUAGCAACGGCGCCGACUUCAUACUAUCUCCUUCGCCCAAGGGCCUCGUUUCGACCAUCAUGACGGCGUACAACCGCCACGCCGACCUGGUGCUCAGGCCGGACGACGUGUGGCUGACGAUCCUCGCCCAGUUCUGCCUCUACGUCAACAAGAACGCGGAGAGCCUGCGCGACAGGAUCGUCGACCACGAGGGCAAGAAGGUGCUCAGGGUCGAGGGAGGCGGGAACCUAUUUUCCCUGGACUACCCGGCCCUGAUUCGCGAGAUGCUGGCGAAGAUCCGGGAGAACAUCAAGACGCCCGAGCUCGCCGACUGGUUCAAGCCCGGCUUCACGACCACGACGGACACCGACGAGGUCGCCGCGGCGGCGACGGCGAUGGCCAGCCUGCAAGCCUACUUCUCGUACGAGAUCCACGCCGAGUGCGGGCUUCCGUCCGUGACCCUCAUGGGCACGGUGCAGGACUGGAAGCUGCUGCGAGCGAAGGUAGAGCGACUGCUCGACUUCGAGGUGAUUGACAACCCGGAGGGGGACGUCAUGGAGGUGUGGGUGGGGUACCUGCGGAAGGUGUGUGACGGGUUCGUGGAAUCCGCGGAGCACCCGGACAGCACGGAAACACUCCAGUUCUGGGACAAGGUGGUCUCCCACAUUGGCGGCGGCUCGGGAGUGAGCUACAUCACGGGCUGGCUGUCCGCCUUCGCGUGCUUCAACAAGGACGGGAAGUUCAUGGGGAGGAACACAGAAAUUCCCGGAACAGGUUCAUAUCGAGACACCGCCGUCCCGGACAAGUCCAACGAGUGCGAGUAUCCGCUGAUCGAGACUAGCCAGAUCUGCCACAAUGUGGUGUCGUGUCCCGUGAAGAUCAACGACAACGGUGUCGAGUACGACAGCACUCUGUUCGUCGGCCAGGUUGCCCUUGAAGCCCGGAACGGUGGUGAGGGAGGCUACCCAACCAUCCGGCCGCGUAACGACUGGUGCUUGGCCGUGCCUGCGAAAGCGGAAGGAGGGCAUCUGUAUCCGUUGCCGAUGGUGGAGAGACUGUAG